CUCAUCUCUCCCUACACUCUAUCUAUCGGCCCUGAAGGACGGCGUCACUGCCGUUUUCCAUGUUAGCCCCGAGUCGCCACCACAGAGUCACCUCUGCAAACACACUCGUAGUGACCUAAACCGUCUAUCAAUGGCGCAAUCCGAACCAGACCUCGGCGGUACCGUCGGAGCUAGCUGCCCACAGCCUACUAGGCUAUAGGGCCACUUCCGGAAUCCCUAGUCUGGUGAAGCCAUGGAACGCGUCAGAACGCCCCAGAAGGGGUUCCGAGUCGCGGAGGCCUUGCUAUCAGCAAUCUUUCUGGGGCAGCUGUGGCUUGACUCAGAAGGAGCAGUGCCGCCUCGUCGAAAACUACCCUCUGAGGCGCAUCCCACCAUCACCUCAGCUUUCAGGCACAAGCAAAAUUUCGGUUACUCGUUCACUGUCCACUAGGCUUCACCGGCCGAGCGGGGUGGGUUUACGAAGGACUCCUGGUGGAUUCUUUCCACUGUCUCGGGGGCUUGGUGCUUUCGGCGACAUGUGGCGGGUCACCUUGGGGGGAGCUCACCACUGUCCCAGGCUUCUGCUAUCACCUGCAGGGGAUGAUGAUUUCACCUCGGGGGGAAUGGGGCGGAUUAAGAAGGCAUGGCUCCUGGCGAAAUUCAGUGGCCAAACUCAGCCCGACCAGGAAUUUGUGGCUGAAUCUCGGCCUUAUCACCCCGGUUCCACGAGAUACGGAGUACGUACCGAUGGCUCCCCCCCCCAGCAAGGCAUGGCACAUGCAACGAACCCCAGUACAGUCUUCAACAUUGUCGUGAGGGCGUGGCUCUUUUGCUUCCUUUCCAAAACUAUCUAGAGUCAGGCCUAGGAGCCGGAUAGCCGACUGCGAGGCAUGGCAGAGUUUAAACGAAAACGAGGGAGACAAAAGGCACUUUGGCAGAAUUCCCCACGGAAAAUAAUCGACGACCUACGGCGGAUUUUCGCUCCUUCGAUCACGUCCCCACAUAUGUCAAUAGGGCCGGAGCGGGUUGCUGAAGUAGGAUUCAACGACUUUCUCACCAUGGCCAUCCAUCAGGCAGCAACUCUCCAUUUUCAGCUGUGAAUCAUGUCUUCCAAGACUCCAA